AUGAUUGUGAAGAACACUGAUGAAUGUGCAGGGAGCUUGGGCUGGAGCUGGAAGUUACAGAUACACCCGGUGAAGGGGUCAUCCGUGGAGAGAAAUGGAGAUUUCACAGAAAAGGAGAAGUCUACAGCAAAGGCUCUGGAAGAUGUAAAGGCAAACUUCUACUGUGAAUUAUGCGACAAGCAGUAUCACAAACAUCAGGAGUUUGACAAUCAUAUUAAUUCUUAUGAUCAUGCUCAUAAGCAGAGACUGAAGGAAUUAAAGCAACGAGAGUUUGCUCGAAAUGUAGCUUCCAAGUCAUGGAAAGAUGAGAAAAAACAAGAAAAAGCACUUAAAAGGCUUCAUCAGCUGGCUGAGUUAAGGCAGCAAUCUGAGUGUGUUUCUGGGAAUGGACCAGCAUACAAAGCCCCCAGGAUAGCCAUAGAAAAGCAAAUCCAGCAGGGAAUUUUCACAGUUAAGAGUGGCAGAAAGGUAUCCUGCAUGAAGAGUGCUUUUCUCCUUAAGGGAAAGAAUAUCUCCAGAAGCACUUCUGACAAACAGCGUUUUACCAUGCCGAGCAGACACCAGUUACCAUCAGACAGGCGUUGUGUGUUUGGCAAUCGAAUACCACACACACCUUCUGACCUCAGUAAUGCAAACCACAGGACUGGCAUAUCAUUUUCAUUCUCUAAAAAAGUGCAUCUGAAGUUAGAAUCUUCAGCACCAGCUUUCAGGGAGAACACAGAAGAAACCUAUGAUUGUAACAAGUCACCCACUUACAAAACAAAGCAAACUGUGGAGAAAUGUGAGUGUUGCAGGAUUGCCAAGGAUGCACACCUCACUAAGGCAGAAGACCGAAAUGUCUCACCAAGCCCUGUGGAGAGUGUUUUACACAAUACCUUUACCAGGAGCUCUAAUAUUUUGCAAGACAAAAAUAACUCCAUUGACAAGACACUAGAAGAUUCCAUUGGAAUUCAGGCUUCUUUCUCAAAAUCUAACAUUCACCUUUCAGAUGAGGAUUUUAUUCCUUCCAGCAGAGAGAAAGAAACUAGAAAUAUAUUGAAGAACUCUUCAGAAAAUUGCAUGAAUCACCCAUGCCAAGAAAGUGCUUCCUUCAGCCCAGCAAACAUUUACAAGUGCAGGGAUGCCAGGAUAUUUGAAUGUGUAGAUGAUUUUUUGUUACCGGAGAUGAAUGAACAAAAAAAUAUAGUACAUUUGAAUGGCAAUUCGAGUGUGGAGAAGAGAGGACAAUCUUUAAAUAAAAGUGAAAAUAUUAGCACAAAUAGGCAAAGAGUUCUAAGAGAAGGAUGUCCCCACGAUGUGACGUCCAAGCCAUUGCCUUUUCUUCAUGUACAAAGCAAGGAUGGCCAUACCACUCUCCAGUGGCCUACAGAACUUCUGCUCUUCACAAAAACAGAGCCCUGUAUCUCUUAUGGCUGCAACCCAUUGUAUUUUGAUUUCAAGCUUUCUCGAAACACAAGGGAUGUCCAUAAUCCAGAGGAUUUAGAAACAGAAUUGGGCAAGGAAGCCUUGGAAAUGAAAACAAAACUAGAAAGCCAAGUCUCAGGUUUAGUUAAAGACCAACAACAAUUUAUCCAAGAAGAUAAUCAAUCGAUCAAACCAAAGAUGAUCCUAGCUAAUGAAGAUUGGGAAAAUUUCCAGAGAAAAUGUAAUUUGGGCUACAAUGAUUCAGAUCCUAAUAAAAGUGAACAAAAUUUCAGUGCAAGUAAUUUAGAAUUGAAAAAUCCUGAAGUGCCUGCGUACCUUGAUGCAUCUCUAAAGGACUGUGUAGGAGAGAACAAUGACACUGAUAAUGAGUUUAAGGACCCUUCAAGAUCCCAUUGGCAAAGCUGUGGAGGAAUAGUUCUAAAUGAUGAAAAUGAGGGCCUAUCCUUUCCUCCUUGCAUCUCUAGGACCAAGAAGCAUAAGCUGAUUUCCUGCAACCCUCAUUCAAUGUUUGAAGAAGAAAACCAACUCACCUGGAAUUCUAGUCCUUAUGUAUUUGGGAGCCACAGUGGCCAGGGGAAGGACUGCAGUAUAAUUUUGAAUAGCAACAAAAUCAACAUGACCGCUAGUGUUUCUGGAUGUGGAAACCAAAGCUACAAGGGAUGUUUUGCCAAGUCAUCUCAGAGGGGACAUUCCAGCCCUUUGGACCAAUCCUUGAGCAGUACGUCCAGCCUGAGAAACAAUUGUUCACGUCAUAAAUCUAAUAGUAGCAGCAAUAGUGAUUUGCUCUAUUUUUGCAAAAGAGAACACAGAUCAGUAGAAAGCCACAAAUGGAAGCCCGGAAAGCACACCUGCCUCUAUUUGUCCCAUCAGAUGACAAAGAACAAUGGUCUGCAGUCUGAAAUGCAGAGACACAGGAACUGCAAAUUGUGGGAAUCACUGAAGAAUAAAACAUACUUAAGACACAGACAUUGCCACUGCCAAGAACGACAUAAAUUGGGUAAAAAUCAACAAUUUUCAGGGCUAAAAUCCAUGAGAAUCAUCCAUUGUGAUUCCUGCUCAGAGGUUUCCUGUGCUCGACACACUGAAAAAUCACCUGAUUUCCAGGGACCUCAGCACAGAAAAUUGGGCUCUUAUCCAAGACAGAGGAUUUAUUACUUAAAUAAAAGCAAAAGAAGUCAAGAAUCCUUGGGCGGCCAUCAUGUCUGUGACCGGAGGAAAGCUGAGCACAGGCAGUGUGACUCAGGGACUAUCAGCUACCUUCUAAGGACCUCUUCCACAGAACCUCCAGAAACCACAGAGCCAAAAGUUUCAGGAGAGACGAGCCCCCUGACAGCCAAAAACCUUUUAGAAAGAGUACACGCAAAGAAGUGUCAAGAACAAUCAACAAAUUUGGUGGUCUUUUCAUCCAGUUGUAAAAGUGAAUCUGAGGCUUAUUCACAAAUCCCAGGCACAAGUCAACUCAUACCACCAGUUUGUAACAGAUCAACAAUACUGUUACCUGAAGAAACACAACACACAAGUGGAAGAAAGCACGAUAAUAAAAGCAAUGCAGUUCAAAGGUCUACUAAGAAAGACAAAAUCAAAAGCUCACAGGCAAAUCAUUGUACUGCUUUAGCAGACACCAAACCUGAUAACUGUCUUUCUAAAGAUAUAAUUCAUGUAGUAGCAGAGUCUCAGUCACUAAACAGAAAAAAGAACCCAAGAAAAAACCAACAAUCAAAAUCUUUAACUAGUGAAGUCCAGGCUUUUAUUCAAAGCCAUGACCCAGUACCAAAUGAUUUUCCUGGUGUUUUUCCAUCUAAUAGAUAUACUGGCAUAACUGAUUCAACAGAGACCAAAGAGGACCAAAUAAAUCUAGAUGUACAGGAUGUAAGGAUGCAUAUGAAUCAUGCAGAGGGGAAUAUAAACACUUACUAUGACAGAACUGUGCAGAAGCAUGACAAAGUGGAAGAUGAAUUACAAAUGUGUCAUAAAUCUCUCUCCCCCCCUUUAAUUCAACAGCCCAUAACAUUUUCCCCGGAUGAAAUAGAUAAAUAUAAGCUUCUGCAGCUACAGGCCCAGCAGCAUAUGCAGAAACAGGUCCUGUCAAAGCAUCUUCGAGUGUUACCCGCUGUGGGACCCACUGCCUUCUCUCCAGCCUCAGCUGUACAGACGGUUCCUGUCCACCAGCACACGUCUGUCACCACCAUCCACCACACUUUCCUGCAGCAUUUUGCUGUGUCUGCUGCCAUAAGUUCCCACAGUAGUCACCUCCCCUUUGCUCAUCUCCAUCCUCUUUCACAGUCACAUUUUACUCCUAUUUCAUUUUCAACUCUGACUCCAACCAUCGUCCCUGCACACCCCACUUUCUUAGCAGGCCAUCCUCUGCAUUUAGUCACUGCAGCCCCUUCUCCCCCAUCUCACAUAAAACUUCAGCCCCAGCCCCCAGUAGCAUUUAUCCCCACAUUGUUUGGCCCUCACUUAAAUCCAGCCACAACUUCUAUCAUUCAAUUGAAUCCUUUAAUCCAACCAGUGUUCCAAGGUCAAGAUCUUUUCCAUCAGUCUUACUCCAGCCAGAUGCAACAGUUACAUGGAGUCAAAGAGGCCUUAAAUGUGCCAACUCACUUGAACUAAUAUGUGUUAAAACUCCGCUUGUGGAUAAAUAAAUUGUCACUACCUAUGAAAUGAUAUCUAAUUAUUACAAGGUUUAAAGAAUGGGUGCCAAUUCAAAAUGCUACUAAUAUAUAAAUAUAAACUAUAUUACCAAUAUUCAAACAGGAACGUUUUAUUUUAACCAGUAAAAAUAAUAGGCAAAUAUAAAAUAAUUUUAUGGAAGGGUAGAGGGGAAAGUGUUAAAGAAUAUUUUUGGACAAGU